GGUCACAUGUCACCGUGUCAUGUGAUUGUGAAUUGCGUGAACCGAGAGAGACACUGAAGACUAUCAGUUUUGUGUCACUUUGUCUCAGAUGUGACUGCUUUUAACUCUUUUUGACGAAGAAAACACGGCUAUUCAGUGUAUGUUAGCCGACUAGCAUGCUAAACUAACUUCCGUUGCUAGCUUAUCGUGUGACGUUAGCUCGCAGAUGUCAGUUGUUGGAGGAGCACAAAUGCAUACAGGAGACUAUUGCGUUUAGCUGACGUCAUUCGCUGCCUCUACGAUGGCCCUGCAGAUAUCUUUUCAUCACUGCAGCAUUUUGGGUUUGACCCUGCUGACUGUGAGCACUGCCCUGGUUUGUCCUGAUGGCGGCGUGUGCGAGGACAAGAGCACCUGCUGUAAGAGCACAGUGGGAGGAUACGGAUGCUGCCCGCUGCCACACGCUGUGUGCUGCUCAGAUGGCCUCCACUGCUGCUUUGAGGGCACCGUGUGUGACCUGCUCCACGCCAGAUGUGUCAACAAAACCACGUCCCUUCCCUGGGUCAGACCACGUCCUCCCGAGCAGCUGAGUCAGCGAGCGGCAGCCGUCAUGUGCCCUGACCAGCAGUCCGAGUGUCCGGACACCACCACGUGCUGCCAGCUUCCUGAUGGCGCCUGGGGAUGCUGCCCAUUAGCCAAGGCGGUGUGCUGUGAAGACAAGCGUCACUGUUGUCCCGAGGGAACCACGUGCGAUCUCGUCCAUUCCAUGUGCGCCUCGCCGUCAGGCGGCUGGCUCCCCUUGCUGGGCAAACUUCCUGCCAGGAGCCGCGCGGCGAGGGAUGAUGAUGUCAUCACUGCAGUGACCGCUGUCGCAUCGGUGACGUGUCCCGGUGGAGGAAGCAGCUGUCCCGACACUUUCACCUGCUGUCUACUCGCCAGUGGAGACUAUGGAUGCUGUCCUUACCCGGACGCCAUGUGCUGCGGAGAUCAUGUCCACUGUUGCCCCCGCGAUAGUGUGUGCGACCUGCAGCACGGCCUGUGCCAGUCAGCUGAUUAUCACGUGCCGCUCUCAGAGAAACUUCCGGCAUGGGCCAGCGACAUGGAGUGUCCUGACAAGACGUCCGUCUGUCCUGACAAGACAACAUGCUGCCAAACGAUCUCUGGAGAGUUCGCCUGCUGCCCCAUGCCUGACGCUGUCUGCUGCGCAGACCACCUCCACUGUUGUCCUCACGGCACUGUGUGCAAUAUGGCCACCGCCACAUGUGAUCAUCCCGCAGACGGCACCGUGUGGCCCCGCAUUGCCUUGGCGGAGAACACCAAGUGUGACGAGUCUGUGUCGUGCCCCGGCCUGUCCACCUGCUGUAGGACCACCGGCGGGGGCUGGGCCUGCUGCCCCCUGGAGCAGGCUGUGUGCUGCGACGACCACCUGCACUGCUGUCCUCACGGCAAGGAGUGCAACUUAGAGGCUGAGACAUGCGACGACCCCUUAGGUGUGUCCCCACCCCUGCCCUGGGUUGCAAAGAUGGCCGCCGUGCAGGACGAGGAGUGCGACCAGCAGACUGUGUGCCCUGCGGGGAGCACCUGCUGCAAGGUGGCGGCGGGGCAGUGGGCAUGCUGCCCGUUACCACAGGCCGUGUGCUGCGACGACCUCCAGCACUGCUGUCCCGGCGGUUACAAGUGCAACGUGGCCGAGCAGACGUGCGACAAGCCCGGCCAGCUCAGCCUCCCUUGGUUCCGGAAGACGGCGGCCCGGCAGCGGCUCACUUCAGCCGGGAAGAUGUGCGACGAUCGGACCAGCUGCCCCAGCGAAACGAGCUGCUGCUUCAUGAAGAGGACGCACACGUGGGGCUGCUGCCCACUGCUGCGGGCCGUCUGCUGUGACGACGGAGAGCACUGCUGUCCCGCCGGACAUGUGUGUGAGCCGCACCGCGCGUCCUGCUCUAGAGGACACCAUGUUGUACCCUGGCUCUCCAAAAUUGAUGCCCGCACGCGGCCGGCGGCUGUGGCUGACAUCAAAUGUGAUGACAAAAGCAGUUGCGCGGCGGGAACGACCUGCUGCAAGCUGCCCACCGGAGAGUGGGGCUGCUGCCCGCUCGUUAAGGCCGUGUGCUGUCCGGACCGCGAGCACUGUUGCCCACAAGGAUACACCUGCAACAUGGAGACGGGCACGUGUGAGAAGGCUAUGCUAGCGGUGGAGGCGGUCCCCGCUAAUGAUACACUGGUGCCGUGUGACGUCACGGGGCUGUUUGGCUGCCCCGAGCGAGAAACAUGCUGCCAGAACUCCAACUCUGAGUGGGCCUGCUGCCCCUCCCCCGGAGCCGUGUGCUGCGCCGACCUUAAGCAAUGUUGUCCCGCCGGUUUCUCGUGCGACUUAAAGACUGGCAGCUGCAGCCCGACUUUGCCCACCUGGGACAGAACCACAGACCUCUAACGUGCUGCUGGAACAAGAACCCUGGACACCCCCACCUCCUUUCAGCUGAUUUUUAACUGCCUUUGAUUGGAUGUGACUCUGCCCCCUCGUGGGCUGUCUUAAAUGAAGAGUUCAUGUUUUUUUUUUGUGAGAUGAAUUUGAUUGAUUGGGAUCAGUUGAGAUGAUCAUUUGAUCACAUCUGGUUCAUGUUCAAUAAAACAAAAAUUUGACCUUG